UCAAUCAGCUUUAAUUGUGACAGAUUGUAAAUAAAAGAAACAAUAUUUCUAACAGAAAGUACUGUAGUUUUACAUGUUUGAUUCCUAUUUGCCUGAGUGAAAAGAAAAAAAAGUAAUCUCUUCCUAAGUGUGUGUGUUUGUGAGACUGCCAAAAAUAUCUUUAAUGUCUCAUUUUUCCCUCCAACUUCACAAAUGGUUUUCAUAUAUGUUGCCAUGCCACAAUUUCAUAAUGAAGAACUAUAAUACAAUUUUUUCCGACACGUUAUCUCAGCAAAUCGGUGAAGAGUUCUAUUACAAAAGCGAGACAAGACUGUGUACAGUGCACCUUAAGAAAAACCCUGCGUUGGACGUGAUUGGCAAAGACAUUAUUCUAUCCUUGGUACCCUGCCGUUCCGGGAUUACAGUGACGUCACGCUGAUACCCUCGCAUGGAUGAAUGCUAAAGAACUAUAGAGCCACAAAUAAUAGCACAAGCAGAGUCCAUAUCUUGCAAGUCUUACGUUAUCCUUUAAGCCUCCUUCAGCUAACACAACAACAAUUUUUUUUUGCACUUAAUGACGCUUAAUUUCAUUUCUUAUCGGGUCCUUGGGGGGGAUUAUUCAUUCAUAUAAAACAAUCUGCAGCUGGUGCCAUCCUAAAGUCUCCCUCCUAUGAGUGAAGUCAUCUAUUAUUGAGCGAAAGGCCGUGCGUGGAAAUAUGUGUAAGACGGUGGAUUUGAAGUAGAAUUGGUUGCAAUCGAUCAAGGGUGAAGAAUAUUGCUGAUGGUAACAAAAGAAGCAGCUAUGUCUUUCUCGCAAUUUGGAUACCCUUACAAUGCAACUUCACAGUUUUUCGUGUCGGCAAACCCCAGUACGACUUGCUGCGAUUCGAUUUCCAGGUCGGUCUCUGACGGGACAGGCGGCUCCCAGACCGCCGCUGCCGCCGCCGCCGCUGCCUCCUUCUGCUGCCCGUCCUACGAGAACCGGAUCCUGGCGAGCAGCCGGACGGAGCUGAACGCAGCGCUGGGGAUGUACAGCUCUCCCUACGCCGCAGCGGCUGCAGCCAGCCAGAACUACGCCAACUACUUCCCCUACAGCACCGACCCAUCCGCUAUCUACUCCACCCUGAAUCCACAGUACGACAUUAAGGACAGCACAGGCACUUUACACUCUGGCAUCACUCAAACAGCUGCAUACUAUCCAUACGACCAUUCACUGGGACAGUAUCAAUAUGACAGAUAUGGGACAGUCGACUUUAAUGGCACAGCCAGGAGAAAGAACGCAACUCGUGAAACCACCAGCACCCUGAAAACAUGGUUGUAUGAGCACCGCAAGAACCCCUACCCCACCAAGGGGGAGAAGAUCAUGCUGGCCAUCAUCACCAAAAUGACCCUCACCCAAGUGUCCACGUGGUUCGCCAACGCCAGGAGGAGGCUAAAGAAGGAAAACAAGAUGACCUGGUCGCCAAAGAACAAGGCCAACGAUGACAGGAAGGAUGAUUUUAACAAGAGCGACCAAGAGUGCGUCACCAAAGAUUCUAGUGAUUGCAAGGAAGAGAAGGAUCUGCAUCUAAGUGAUCUGGAUGACAUGGAUGAUGACGACUGUGACAAGCUGGACAGUGACAGCGAAAAGGCAACUGCAGAUGAGCAGGACCUCCAGAGGGCCAUGGCAGCUUCUGGAACCCCUCAAAAGAGAGACUGCAGCUCGGAGCUGCACCUGAGUUUAACUAACAGCUUCCAUGCGUUCCCCUGUGCCAUCAAAAGUGUCACCACCCUCCCUCCUCUCCCAUCUGACUUCCUGGAUCCAGUGGUAUCCAAGGCACCCUCCUCGACCGGCCCUGCAGGGACAGUGUCCCUGUCUCACUUUGAGGCAUCAGAUAAGCCUCGGAUUUGGUCUCUGGCUCGCACAGCGGCUUCGGGGGUCAUACUGAGCCAUCAGCAGCAUGGCUCAGAGCUGAGGACAGGCAACUCAAGCGGAGACUGCCAGCUCCAGAGCGCCAGGCUUACAGGGGCUCUUAGUGGACAGUGUGGGGGCAUGAGAGGCCUCCAUGAAUCUAGCAGUGUCACAAAUACUGAGAGCCCCUUCCCCGAGGGCUCGUCCUUGCACUCUAAAGUCUAUGGCACUGGCAGCUACAGUCACAAGGACCUCCAGCUGCACUGUUCAUCCUAUGCUGCACUCCCAGACACAUGUCAGUACUCCAACAUUGAAGGAUUCUCUGGUGGCAAAGCAGAGACACAGUCAUCUGACCUCAGUGAAGCCUGCGGGACCGUGCAAAAUGACAAGGUCACUGCGUUCAGACCAGUUAUGAAAAGGUGAAGCAGAUUGCUGGAAACUGCACCACAAUAAAAAAAUGGGACAUUUAUUAUGCACUAAAGGACACACUGGCCGAGUAGCGGCCUCAAUAUGACACAUGGGAGCUACCUGGCGCUGCUGCAGUGAGAGCUGUCAAACUGUGGACGUGGCUAUCAUUUUGCACAACUUUGUUUUUAUGGUGUUAAAGACUUUAUGCAAAAAUCCUACAUGCAAAGGUACGAGAAUGGCCAAAUAAAAAAAACGGCCGAAUUUGUGUAUGGCAAUCGUGUAGAGUAGCAAACCUAUUUAUUUCUCUAUAUGUAUUUAUUAUUUUUGUUAUGUUGUCCGUUUGUUUAUAAUCUGAUGUGUUUAUUUGUUGAAUUCGUAUCUCCUUUGAGUAUUUUGUCACAUGUUACGUUUUACUGUGGCUUCGUGUCAUUUUUGCCUGAUGUAAAAGAGAAAAAGCUUGUCGGACAUAAAGAUUGACCAUAAAAGGACCGGAUCCCCUGUGUUGCGCGUUGACCUGGAGGAUUUUUUUGUCAUUGUGUGUUUUAAACUGUGAGCUUCUUCUGUGUUUUGCCAUUCGUGGCAUUUUUUUAAGAAUACAUUUUUAGCAAGA